AAACGGGAGGAGCUCGUCGGUAGACAUCGUCUGCUGUAACUGUAACGUAACAACAGUCCUACAUCGGUUCUGGUGUUGUUGCUUGUUCAAUUUUUGAUAUUAUUGUUUUAUUGAAAAAUGAGAAAACCAGCUGCUACUCGAUUAUUUCCGGCAAGUGGAGGAUUUAAUGCUGGUGAUGUUGUUAAAGUUAUUAGAUUCGUCAGAAUGGGUUGUGCUAAUAGGCCCUUUUACCACAUAGUUGUGGCAGCUAAAAAACGAGAACAACAUGACCAGUGUAUAGAACAGAUUGGAUCGUAUGACCCCAUGCCCAAUGAACGUAAUGAAAAACUGGUUGCUUUAAAUUUUGAGAGGUUGGGCUACUGGAUUGGUCAGGGUGUGGGGCUUUCUAAAACAGUGUGUCAGUUAUUAGGAAUUGCUGGAUUUUUUCCAAUUCAUCCUAGGAGUUACAUGACUGCUUGGCGUAACAGAAGGGAAGCCUCAGAAAAGAUAGCAGCAGAAAAGGCAGCUGCUGCUGAAAAUAGUACCGUGCAAAAUACAUCCAAAGCUCCAAAUCCAUUAUAAUGUUUAGUUGUGUUUACAUACUUACAGAGUCACUGACUAUUGUAAAUAAUUUGUUAAGGCACGUUUAGUUCAAAAUAUUCACUAAUUUCUACAUUGUAAAAUAUACACUUUUUAUAGCUAGA